AUGGAUUGGGCAUCUGACACCAGUUGGAAGAAUGAUAUACAUCUUGCGGCAUUUGGAUAUACUGAUCCUAUUGAAGUAUUUUUAAAGGACCUAGCUUCACCAACCUUUUGGGCAGCAACUAAAUCAUCAUUUCAACAAAAUCAGCCUGUAACUAUAAGUGAAAGUGAUGAAAGUGAUAAAAGCAAUAAAAGCAAUGAAAGUGAUGAAAGUGAUAAAACACAUGAUACUGACAAUGUCACUACGUCUUUUCAAAUUUUCUCUGCAG